AUGCAGGCGAUUGCGGAUAGUUUUGGGACAAGUGCGCUUGUCAAGGAGCUGCAGUACGAUGAGGAAGGGAACUUGCACGAUGACUUCAUAGACGGGAACUACAACUUCUCGCAGCUGGCACCUGCGAUUGCCAUGCCGCCAAUUGCGUCGCCGCAGGCGUUCCUGCGUGCGCACACGGACGACUCCAAGAACCCCGACUGUAAGAUCAAGAUCGCGCACGGUACUACGACGCUGGCCUUCCGGUUCCAAGGCGGGAUCGUGGUCGCAGUAGACUCGAGGGCUACUGCGGGCCAGUGGGUCGCCUCGCAGACGGUCAAGAAGGUGAUAGAGAUCAACCCGUUCCUGCUGGGUACCAUGGCCGGUGGUGCCGCCGACUGUCAGUUCUGGGAGACGUGGCUGGGCUCGCAGUGUAGGCUGCACGAGCUGAAGGAGAAAGAGCGGAUUUCCGUCGCUGCAGCAUCAAAGAUCCUGGGUAACCUGGUGUACCAGUACAAAGGCGCAGGCCUGUCUAUGGGUACCAUGAUCUGCGGUUACACCAAGAAAGAAGGUCCAACGAUAUACUACGUCGACUCCGACGGUACAAGACUGAAGGGCGACCUGUUCUGUGUGGGGUCCGGUCAGACAUUCGCCUACGGUGUGCUAGACUCCAACUACAAAUGGGACCUGUCGGUAGAAGAAGCCCUGUACCUGGGUAAGAGAUCAAUCCUGGCUGCCGCUCACAGAGACGCUUACUCCGGUGGUUCCAUCAACCUUUACCACGUCACAGAAGAUGGUUGGGUUUACCACGGUAACCACGACGUGGGUCAAUUGUUCUGGGAAAUCAAGGAAAAGGAAGGAUCUUUCAAUAACGUAGUAGGGUGA